UCCCCGCCGGGCACUCGCCAGCCCCGAGGGGUCCCCGCGCCUCCCGCGGCCGCUCCGGGGGCGCCGCUCCGAGAUGUCCCCGCCCGGGGGUCGCCGCUGUCCCCCGGCGCUGCUGGCGCUGCUGCUGGGCCUGGCUGGGAGCCGAGGAUCCCGGGAAUGCCAAACCCGAGCGGUGACCGCGGGAGGAUCGCUGUGUCUGGUGCCGGAGGAACCCCCGUGGGAGUGGACACAGGUCAAAUGGGUAGUGGAAAUUGAUUCAUCAACGCAGCAGAAGAUCCUGAGGGCCACCAAGGAUGGAGUUUUCUUCUAUCCCAGAGAUCCCCUCAAUGGGAGAGGGAAAUUCCAGCGGGAAAACCUCUCCCUGUGCAUCUCCCCGGCUCACAGAGCAGAUAACGGGGUCUAUAAGGCCGAGUUCGAGAAUUUCUCAGGGUUUUUCUCUCAGUGCUUCCGAGUGUCCGUGUGGGAGCCCAUCGCGCAGCCGGAGCUGAGAUCCCAAAUCCUGCAGCGGGAUCGGGGCUGGUGCCGCCUGGCCCUGCUCUGCUCCAGCCCCGGGAACGUCUCCUACAGCUGGGCCUGUGCCGGGGCUGCGCCGGGGGAGAUCCCGGGGGAGAUCCCGGGGGAGAUCCCGGGGGAGAUCCCGGAGGAGGUCCCGGGGGAGAUCCCGGGGGAGAUCCCAGGAGAGGUCCCGGGGGAGAUCCCGGGGGAGAUCCCGGGGGAGAUCCCGGAGGAGGUCCCGGGGGAGAUCCCGGGGGAGAUCCCAGGAGAGGUCCCGGGGGAGAUCCCGGGGGAGAUCCCGGGGGAGAUCCCGGGGAUCCCCUCCCGCCUGAUCCGGAGGCUCCCCGAGGGCGCGGAACCCCAAAUCUGCCUCUGCAACGUCAGCAGCCCCGCGGGGUGGAGCGCGGCCCGCGCCCAGCUCACCUGCCCAGGAAUUCCAGGGAAUUUCAGCCACUGGAGACCACUGGCCGUGGCCGUUGCCGAGGGCCUGAUCCUGCUCCUCGUGGGCAGCUGCUGCUGGUGGAGGGAGAGGAGGAAGAAUUCCCGGGAAGGAUAACGGGGGUUACAGGCGCCUGGGUUUCCCAAAUCCUGCCGGCCACCAGCGCCCCUAAAACCCCGGAAUUCCCAUCCCUGUGGAAUUCUUCUCCUGGAAACUCCAGCGGCCACUGGGAUCCCACCCCAUGGAAUAGAAAUAUCCAGAAAUCCGCGGCUUUUCGCCCAAGAUUCACCCCCCAGCUGUGCCUCGGAGCGAAGAUUUGGGGAUGGGAAACUCCGGAAGGGAUUUGGGAUUGGACAGGCGGGAUGGGCGGGGAGUGGGAAUUUUGUGGGGUUUUUAGGGCUUGGAAGUUUGGGAAUCCUUUUUUAUUUUCUUUUCCUUGGUGCAAAUA